GAAAAAUUCUUCCGUGAGCAAAUGUAGGAGAAGAAGAAGAGGGUAUGGCGACAAUGAUUGAAGAAAAUGGUCCUUCGAGUCAUGAGCAGCAGGAAGUGUCCUCAUCCUCCCAGGCCAGGCAGAAACUAGAGGGGCUCCUGAACAAGAAUAUGAGGAUCCGCAUGACAGACGGUCGCACUCUGGUGGGGCUUUUCCUCUGCACAGACCGGGACUGCAAUGUCAUCCUCGGCUCAGCUCAGGAAUUCCUCAAAUCCCCAGACACAUUCUCCCAGGGCGAACCCAGAGUCCUGGGCCUGGCCAUGAUCCCUGGUCACCACGUGGUGUCCAUCGAGGUGGAGGCAGACAGUCUGGACGACACACAAGGAUUUGGAGCAACCCACUGACGAAGGCCUGCCCAUUUGGACAACACUCAGCAUUUAUGUGACUGACUCUCAGCGAGCCAGAUGUAAGGUUGCGGCCGAGCCCAGAGAACAAUGGACAUCUUCAUCAGGAGCAUUUCAUCCGCGCUCAGUGCUCAGCGUUAACAGAUACAGAACUCCUGUGUCAGUAUUCUGGAUUAUCGAGUCCCUCCAUGCUUGAAGAAGCAGUGACAGCUGAACAGCACAGCAUGCGUAUGACAAGAUGUGGGCAAACAGCAGCUACAUGGAUGUGUAUGGAAAUGGUGUUUCAAUGCCGUGUGCGGUCAAUGUCUUUGUUACAGUGUGUUUUAAAAUAAAUCGUUGUA